CUGCCGCUGUGUGCGUCCGACGACCGGCUUGUCCUGGGCAAGCCGCUCCUUCCUGGGACCACCAUCGUCUCCGACGGUGGUGACUUCGCCUUGGGAUUCUUCACCACGUCCAAUUCUACGCCAGCCAGCUUGUACCUCGGCAUAUGGUACAACGGCAUCUCCGAGCUAACCACGGUGUGGGUCGCGAACCGUGAAACCCCGGUCAUCAACAAUACUUUCUCUCUGCCGACCCUCUCCCUCACCAAUACCUCAAGUCUUGUUCUGUCCAAUGGCAAUGGCACUGGCCGUGUUAUCUGGACGACGACCAGCGUCGCCACUGCCGCAGGCUCAUCUCCCUCGACGGCGGUGCUGUUGAACACCGGAAACCUUGUCCUCCGCUCACUAAAUGGCACCAUGUUGUGGCAGAGCUUCGACCACCCAACUGACACGUUCCUCCCCGGCAUGAAGAUCGGGCUCAGGUACAGAACGCGAACCGGAGAUCGUCUGGUGUCCUGGAAGGGCCCCGGCGACCCCUCGCCAGGGCGUUUCUCCUACGGUGGUGACCCGGCUACGUUCCUCCAGAUAUUCAUCUGGGAUGGGGCACGACCUGUGUACCGCAACAUCCCAUGGACAGGGUUCCGGGUGAAGAGCGAACACAAGUACCAGCAGGCGGAUCCGAACGCUAGCGCCAUCAUCGUCUACAUGGCUGUCGUCAAUACCGACGAGGAGAUCUACGUGACCUACAGCCUCUCCGACGGUGCUGCACGCACCAGGUAUGUACUGACCUACUCCAGCGAGUACCAACUCGAGAGUUGGAGCAGCAGGUUGUUGAAGUGGACUGUCCUCGCCAAGUGGCCACCCACCGACUGCACCCGCUACGGCUACUGUGGCUCGUAUGGGUACUGCGACGCUACGGCGGCACCCGUACCGACGUGUAAGUGCCUCGACGGCUUCCAGCCGACGAGCAAGGAGGAGUGGGACGGUGGCAGGUUCUCGAAGGGGUGCCGACGAAUGGUGCCAUUAAGCGGGUGCAGUGGCGGCUUCUUGCCCCUGCCAUUGAUGAAGUCGCCGGACAGGUUCGCAUUUGUUGGCGGGAACAAGAGUACAUUGGAGGAGUGUGAGGCGGAGUGCCGCCGUAAUUGCUCCUGUGUGGCGUAUGCGUUCGCCAACUUGGGCAGCGGCAGGUCCGGGGGAGAUGUGACGAGGUGCUUAGCGUGGGAUGAGGAGUUAGUUGACGCUGGAAAGAUAGGCGAAGUACCUGGUGGAAACACACUCUAUCUCCGCUUUGGAGCUGAAGGCUCGCCAACACAUGGACCAGGUGGUACCAAAUGUCCCCUCCUUUCUACUGAUAUAAUUUUGCCAAUUUUAGGAACAAGUGUCGUUCUUCUACUCAUAGGCAUUUUCGUGGCGUGGUUAAAAUUCAAAGGCAAGAACGCAAAACUGAGAAAAGCCAAGAAGAUAACAUUUGAUGGUAUGGGUACCUCUUAUGAACUUGAGGAUGGAAACCCUCCCCAUGAUCAUGAAUUAGCAUUUGUGAGACUUGAGGAAAUAGCCCAAGCAACAGACAAUUUCUCCGAAAAAUGUAUGAUUGGACAGGGAGGCUUUGGCAAAGUUUAUAAGGGAUUCUUAGGUGGUAAGGAAACUGCUGUAAAAAGGCUAAGUAUGGAUUCUCAACAAGGAACAGAAGAAUUCAGGAAUGAAGUAAUUCUGAUUGCUAGGCUACAACAUAGAAACUUGGUUCAACUUCUUGGAUAUUGUGGCGAGCAGGCCGAAAAGUUGCUGAUUUAUGAGUAUCUACCCAAUGGGAGCUUAGACGCCAUCCUUUUUGAUGAUUCAAGGAGAAUGUUGUUGGAUUGGGAAACACGGUUUAGUAUAAUCAAAGGGGUCGCAAGGGGAUUACUUUACCUCCACCAAGAUUCAAGAAUGACUAUAAUCCAUAGAGAUCUCAAAGCUGCAAAUGUUUUACUAGAUGCAGAAAUGAAACCCAAGAUAGCGGAUUUUGGUAUGGCAAGGAUCUUUGGGGAUAACCAGCAAAAUGCAAAUACCCAACAUGUUGUCGGAACAUAUGGCUACAUGGCUCCUGGGUAUGCAAUGGAAGGCAUCUUCUCUGCCAAGUCUGACGUCUAUAGCUUCGGCGUGUUACUGCUAGAGGUUGUAACGGGUAUAAGGAGAAGCUCCAAUAGUCAAACCAUGGGGUUCCCUAACCUCAUAGUCUAUUCAUGGAAUAUGUGGAAGGAAGGGAAGGCAGAGGCAUUGUCAGACUCAUCUAUCAUGAAUACUUGUUCACCUGAUGAAGUUUCGCUUUGCAUCCAUGUAGCACUCUUGUGUGUCCAGGAGAAUCCAGAUGACAGGCCAUUGAUGUCAUCUGUUGUGUUUGUCCUGGAGAAUAGAAGCACCACACUUUCGACCCCAAACUACCCACCCGACUUUGCACGGCACAACACUGAAAUGGAGCGCAUAAGAGAUGAUAUUCAGCACUCUAUGAAUAGUUUUACUCUUACCGAGAUACAGGGACGAUGA